CCCGUCAUGCCCCGCGCGCGGCCUGCUCCUGCCGGAAGUGGCGGCGGGUCCUUCCGGUCCUUCCGGUUGGGAGCGUGAGGGCGGCGGAGGCGAUGCCGACCGGGGACUUCGACUCCAAGCCCAGCUGGGCCGACCAGGUGGAGGAGGAGGGAGGAGAGGAUGACAAAUGCAUCACGAGUGAGCUGCUCAAGGACCUCCCCCUGCCCGGGGUCCUGGGGGGCCCCUCCAGCGCCGAGGCCGAGCUGCUCAAGGGAGGGCCCCUCCCGUCCCCCAAGGAGCUGAUCAACGGGAACAUCAAAACCAUCACGGAAUAUCGGGAGGAGGAGGAUGGACGCAAGGUCAAGAUCAUCCGGACCUUCCGCAUCGAGACCAGAAAGGCCUCCAAGGCCGUGGCCCGUCGGAAGAACUGGAAGAAGUUCGGGAACUCGGAGUUCGACGCCCCCGGGCCCAACGUGGCCACGACCACCGUGAGCGACGACGUCUUCAUGACCUUCAUCACCAGCAAGGAGGACCUGAACUGCCAGGAGGAGGAGGACCCCAUGAACAAGCUGAAGGGGCAGAAGAUCGUGUCCUGCCGCAUCUGCAAGGGCGACCACUGGACCACGCGCUGCCCCUACAAGGACACGCUGGGGCCCAUGCAGAAGGAGCUGGCCGAGCAGCUGGGGCUCUCCACCGGCGAGAAGGAGAAGCUGCCGGGGGGUAGGACACCCCCACCCGUGCUGGGGGUCACUGGGAGGGG